GACAUAUUGAUCAAACGUUACUACAGUUACUGGAUAAUUUUUCAUAAUAAAAAUGAACUCGAAUUGUUAAAGAAAAAUCUAAGAAAAUGGUUGAUAAAGAUCCCCAAUUAAGAGCGCUAGAAAUAGGAGAGGUUGAUAUGUUUGUGGAAAGCAUGGAACCAGCGCGUAUAGAAAGUAUUGGGAAUCAAGCCUGGAUAGACUGGCACAUAAGGCUUCAGAAAAUAAACCAACAAACUGUACUAGAGGCGCAGUCAAUGCAAGAAGAGUUUACCAAGGAGUUACUUAUAUCUUGUGGAAAGUUACCUGUACUAGUCCGCGAAGCCAUAUGCAUCCAAGUAUGGCGCCUGAAGAUAUACCCUCAAAUUUUGAAACUGGAGCUGUCUCCACAACAUACUUUUGGCAUUUACAUAGUGCUGUAUCAUGAGGCUGUAGCAGUGGGUCUUCUGGAAACUGUGCUGUUCCAUGAAGACGGAGCUCAGUGCGUAAGCGAGGUGAUGGUAGACUUGCUGCACUAUGCAAUCGAGCAGUUGACUACUCUGCUGGCUCUGAUAAAUGACAACUACUUGAAGCCACGAUCGGCCAAUGACAUUGAAAAUGAGACGCCAGACCAGGAGCUGGAAAGGCAGAAACGUGAUCUCCAGUUUAAUAUUAGCAUGAGAUGUAUAACUAUUGUACGCUACAUAGCAGAGCAUAUGGAAUCUGUGGGGGUGGGUGCGUCGAUGGCGACCGACUUAUACAAGACCCACGAUGUGCCGUCGCUGCUGGCGCACCUGAUAUCGCUGCGCCCGUGGACGCGCUCCAACGACAGCGGCGAGCAGCAGAUUUUCAUCCACGGCCGCUGGUCGAAGCCUUCUUCUGAGGACCUGUCGCAAAUGCACCGCAGCGAGGCGCAGCUGUGGCUGUGUCUGCGACAGCUGUUGUUGGAGCCUCGUCUCCCGCACCACUACACCAUUGAUGACACACGCCGCAGUACCUUCUGUAGGCUGGAAGCAAAGUUGACGGAAGACAUGUUGGACCAGAUCCCGCCUCUGAUAGACCUGAAGACGUUCCUGUGUCGGCUGUCAGUCGGCGACUACUCCAGCUUGCACAACCGCACUAAUGGCGUGAGAGGAGGCCCAGGCUGCACGCUCAUUGCGCUGGUUCCGCAGAUCAAAGACGAGUAUCUAAAACAAGUCCACAAACGCACGAAGCAGCUUGCUAAGAUGCACAUCGAACGAUUCUUUCUGAACGGCUCAGAGGAGUCCCGCGACGUGGCCAAGAAACUCGUGGAGUCUUACACCAGUGAUGCGGCGUUGGCUCUGGACAGCGGCGGAGCCAAGUGUGCUAAGUGCGGCGACAAGGCUAGCAAGAAAUGCUCUAGGUGUAAGAGCGAGUGGUACUGUGGCAGGGAAUGCCAAGUGCAGCAAUGGCCGAAACACAAAGAUAUCUGCGAUCAGUUCGCCAACCUAGCUGUUUAAGUUUUUACUAAGACAAGAGAAAUAAGGCUGUCGUAUCCCUAUACUUUUCUGUAGUUUCCUCUUAUUUUAGCAAUAUAGUAAUUAUUGUUUUAUUUAUGUAUGUAUAUUAAGGGCUAUAGUUGUGUACUUUUCGAAAAAAAUGUUACCUAAGGUUGAAACAUGAGCCCAUGAUUGUGUUAUUGAAAGUAACUUGGAUAGUAAUAAAAAGAAAUUCAAUUUU